ACAAAUCUUUCGAUCUUGAAAGCUUUGGUCUGAGACUGUGGUUAAUUUUCUUUCUUAUUACAAUCCAAAUCCCUCAAUUUAUUGAAUGAAGCAACAGCAACAGCAACAGCAACAGCAACAGCAACAGCAACAAAAUUCAAAGUCAAGAUUCGGUGCCAGAUCUCCAAGUAAGUACCCGUCAAUAAACUUCGAUCUUCCAACUCAUCAACCAGACCCAGCUAACACUAUUUCUUUUGAAAAAGGCAAAAUGGACAUUCCUCCAGUCGCGGUUCACCCAUUUACUAUUCUGCCACGCCCACGGUUCUGAUCAUCACUUCAACUUUGCCUCUUGUGGCUGAACACUAACGCAACUUGCGGGUGCUAAGGUUGCUGCUAGAGGUAUCAAAGUCGAGGUGGCUUGUGCCGCGUUUGGAGAUGUUCGGUCUCAAUCUCAAUUUUUUUUUGGGAAUGCCAACAUUGUGGUCGCUACGCCGGGACGCUUGAUGCAUUUUGUGAGAAAUGGCACCAUUUCCCUAGCAAAACUUAAGUAUGUUGCCUUCGAAGAUGUACAUACCUUCUUACAAGGCAAUACAUCACGAAAGGGAUGGGUUGAACAAUUGACUAUACCAAAUGGUAUUCUCGAAUACAUUGAGAAUGAAUGUCGAUACCAACCAGUGAGAAUCUUAAUUUCUCCAUACAAUACCGUGCACAUGCAGGGUAUCCAUCAUUUUCUCGGACCAAGAGUCGGAGAGAUAGAGGCCAUCAAGUUGCAUAAGAUGGAUAUCGGUAGACCUUUACCUGGCGAUGCAAAUACUCGCAUUCUCACACCACGUGAAAGUUAAAGAGGUACACCAGAAUCCGAGAUGAAGAACCUGUGGGGAGAAAUUGACGCCAUCAUUGAGCUCUGUCACGGCUUUAACCGUCUGCUUGUCUUUUGUGGCUCUCAAAAGCGAGUUGAUGUUUUGGAAGAUUUGUUUGCGGACCCCAAUAACGGCAGGCGUGGUACCACGAGUUUUGAACCUCGGAGAGAUAACCGACAUCCCUACAUCUUGUAUGACCUCAUAUCUUGUAUAUAU